AUUCAAUCUUAGAUCAUUCCUUCACUCUUCAUUCUUAUUCUCAUUCAUUUCUUUCGCUCAUCGCUUCUUCUUUUUUAAUCUCAUUUCACAUUCUCUUUAGUCAUCAACUUUCCCUUUUUCACUUUUGUCGACACUCGUUCCUCUCUUUCUCUCUCCUCUCUCUCAUUGGUACCAUAUCCAUAUCCAACUCUGUAUCCAUAUCUCCAUAUUCAAAUAUCUCUUUCUUCCUUGUCUCUCACAUCCGUAUAUAACGUCUCUUUACUGAUGCCUCCGGAUAGCACACCGCUCUCCUCUCACUCACAUUUACAUUCUCGCUCUUGCUCUCGCUCCUCUACUCUUCUUACCUCCUUUCACCCCUCUUAUAUUCUUCCAUCUUCAUCAUUGCUCUUUUCACAGCCUUCAACGCUUCCUCUGCGGCGGAGGAGGCGGCUGCAGCUGCAGCGAUCACCCCAUCGUUCACAUCGUCAUUUUUUUUCAACUCUAUCAACUUUAUCACUAUCACUUUUAUUCUUCUUGUCUCCCACUAUUGUGCAUCCUAUAGACGCAGUGUCAUGUUUAUAUCCCAACGACAGUACCACUGUGCAGCCUGGCACAACAGUCCCGAUUGCAUGGCAGGUCUCUGCCGACGAUGUCCAGCUGUAUGACACACUUUCUGCAGAGUUACUCUGCAGGGAUUACAUUGGACCCAAUGGGGGUAAAUGGCGAUCUAUCGCUACCUUAUUCACUGGCCGUGGUCUCAAUCCUCCCGCAGACCAGUUCAGUUUCCGGUUCCCUGACUGUGGACCAUAUGCGACCGUGGGAUCAAUCCAAUUUAUAGGCCACAUGUCUAAGGCAGGCCUACAGGUCAUACAGGAGGAUUCGUGCAAUUUUGAGAUCCAGUCUGCCCUAUUGCCAUACGCUGCACCUCUACCCAAAUCGCCUCCCGAUGCAGAACCCACAACCACCACAUCUACCCCAACUUUGUCUACUGAAACAGAGACCCCCCUUCCUUCUUCCCCCUCAAGUUCAUCCGUCCCAUAUCCUAUCCGUGCCCCCAGGAUGCCGCCGUCCCAGACCCAGACUCAGACUCAACCAGCUCCCAGCCCUUCUUCUACUCAAGGCUUCAGCCCUGCUCCACUCAUAGGCAUUGGCAAGCCAGCAACCACCACGACACCAGAUAGCAUAAGCCUCGAUCCCUUCAUUAUCUUUCCCACAACUCCAUCAACAAUCUUUAAACCCUCGCCAUUUAAUCCUAUCACCGUCCAGCCAACGACUACAUCAGAACAAGGUUAUAGAACUAUUGACACUCAAACCCGAAAUCCCAUCACCAGUGCUACUGGUGAUCCAACAGUCACAAGCGACACUUCAACUCCAAAACUGACUCCUGAUCCCGGAGCAGGUGAUGAAAAUAAUGGUGGAGACGUCAUGGAAGGAGGGGAAGGAGGAAAAGGGAGUGUUGGAGGAGGAAAUGGAGGCGAAGCUGGCACAGGUACAUCGAAUAUGCCAGAAAGACCCAAUAGCGACUCUGGAAGAGAUAGAUCAAACAUGGCAAUAAUUGGGGCUGCGCUAGGAGGCGUUGGUGCAAUCGCUUGUAUUGCUAUUGUAGUGGCCUCUUUGGUGAUCAUUCGCCGAAGAAAGAGAUCAGCGGCAGGCCGAAAAUCUAUGGAGCAGUGGAUGGAGUCGGGCUCUGGUGGUGCCAUAAAUGCGGGCGGGGCUGGCGGGGCUAUGAUCGAAACCAAACAGCGGAAGAAGUUUAGAUUUACGCCGCGUCCUAAAGACGGUUAUUUUUAUAAGAUGGAGGACCAGGAUGACAAUGAUAGCGAUGUGCAUUCUUACAUGGAGAGGCCAAAUGGCACGGCUGCUGCUUUAAAUAGCGCAGGCGCAACAGCGGCAGCAGUGUCAGUAUUGACUAAAGAUAGAGCUCGCCAAAGCAUGACUCAACUGGACAGCUCUCAGCCAACCCUUGCCUUACCGCCUCAUGCCAUUGUCAACUCAAUCACACCUCUCUUUAUGCGAGAGGCUACACCAUCGUCCUUUGGAGAAUCUUCCUCGCGGACAUAUUCUGUGUCUUCAAGCUAUUCAAGUGUUGAAAAUUCAUCCACGAUCCGGAAGUAUUGGGAGGCGUCCAUAGCUGCACGUGCAGAGCAUACAGCUCAUUCGGUUCACCACAAUACUUCCUCACGAUCACGGGAAGCUGUAGAAGGGAACUAUGAUGAAGGAUCAAUAUUCGGUGAUGGCAACAGUAUCAACAGCAGCGGUCAAGAUUCCGAAUCUAGAAUGGCGGAUAUUUUGACGUUGAGAUCAGUAGGAAGUGGAAGCGGCAGUUUCGCAGAGACGACAGGCACAGCAACUUCGUCACGAUAUCGAUACAGGAAUCGAAGGAAUACACUUCAUUCUUUGGGGGCAGCAUCGUCGUUCUGGCAACAGAGCAGUCCAGCUACAACACUUUCUAGCAUCCCAGAUAGUCUUAUGAUCACCGAGGAGGAAUUCCUAGAGCGAUUGCACUUGCAUCAAAUGCAAAUGCAGAUGCAAGAGCAAGGAUAUUAUGACCAUCACUAUCAUCAAGAGUAUUCCGGUCGAUACUCUUCACGAAUGACAAUCAGCCGCUCCAACUCUAUUCCGUCGUUGACAUCCAGUAACGAUCCAUUCAAAACUUUUGAUUCAAAUGAGGUUCUACCAGAUGUGGAUCCAUUCUCGGAUAACCGUGCUGACUCGCGUGCCUCUAUGAGAGCAGAUAUGCACUGAUAGAACCGCUCUUUUUUAUUUUAUUUUACUUUAUUUUUUGUAAACAGUUGC